CUCGCGUUCACCGCCUGGCUGAGGAGGUGAAAGUUUCUCCCCAGGAAGAUAAACCGCAAAAGACAAUAUUGUGCAUGAUUUGCGCCGUUUUUUUUUUUAAACAAAGCAAGGGGAAAAAGGAAAGUGAAGGGGGAAAAAGCUAAAGGACGGGGAAAAGAAACGGAAGGGGGAAAAAGAGUGCAAGAGCUGGAAGAGAAGAGAAAAAUAGCUCGCUAGCUCGCUACAUUCCUCUAGCCUCUUUUAAAAAAGGACUCAAGGAAGUUUAAUUUUUGUUUUGAUUUUUUCCCUUCCCCGUCUGUGCCUCUUUCCCUCUCUCUCUUCACUAUUGUUACUUGCAAGCGGGGUCUUCCAAAUUCCCUCCCUCCUCCCCCCUCGAAACCCCCGAAAAGUGCAGUCCGAGAGGCAAGCGAGGGGGGCAAUCGGUUGGUGUGCGCGCGCGCCGACGCCGCUUUUCUUCGAAUUCGCCCCUUUUUGCAGCUUCUAGCUUUCUGCCCCCAUUCUCGCCGGCCUCCCCCCAACCCUCACCCACCCUCUCGGUGGUGGGUUUUCUUUUUUCCUCCUUCCUUUUCCUUUUUCUUUUUCUUUCUUUUUUUUUUUUUUUUGGAGCACGGAUGCCGAGGGGGUUGUUCCUGAUGUGGUCGCUUUAGUGGUGCUCGUUGGGCGGACUUUUGCGAGAGAGAGAGAGAGAGAGAAAGAGAGAGAGGCUGCUUGGAUCCGCGGCGGAGGCGGCGGCUGCUCUUCCUCGUCGGUGGCUCCCGCACUUUGUGGGCUGCUGCUCCUGCCGCUUCUGCUCCUUCCUCGGCUCCGGCUUCGGCUGCUGUUGCUGCUGCUUCUUCGCUUUCCCCGCGUGGCCGUCCGCCACCUUUCUGAAGGCUCGCUUGUGCCCGGCGGUUGCUGCUGCGGCCGCUGCCUGAGAGGCGGCGAAGAUGCUACUGGAUGCCGGCCCGCAGUACCCGGCCAUCGGCGUGACCACCUUCGGCUCCUCUCGCCACCACUCCACGGGCGAUGUGACGGAGCGCGAGGUGGGGCUGGGCAUCAACCCCUUCGCCGACGCCGGCAUGGGCGCCUUCAAGCUCAACCCCAGCAGCCACGAGCUGGCCUCGGCCGGCCAGACCGCCUUCACCUCGCAGGCCCCCGGCUACGCGGCCGCCGCGGCGCUGGGCCACCACCACCACCACCCGGGCCACGUCGGCUCCUACUCCAGCGCGGCCGCCUUCAACUCCACGCGGGACUUUCUCUUCCGCAACCGGGGCUUCGGCGAGGCGGCGGCGGCGGCCAGCGCCCAGCACAGCCUCUUCGCCUCGGCGGCGGCGGCCGGCAGCUUCGGCGGCCCCCACGGGCACGGCGAGGCGGCGGGCCACCUCCUCUUCCCGGGCCUCCACGAGCAAGCCACCAGCCACGCCUCGCCCAACGUGGUCAACGGGCAGAUGCGCCUGGGCUUCUCCGGAGACAUGUACGGCCGGCCGGAACAGUACGGCCAGGUGACCAGCCCGCGCUCUGAGCACUACGCCUCGCCCCAGCUCCACGGCUACGGCCACAUGAAUAUGAACAUGGCAGCCCACCACGGGGCGGGGGCCUUCUUCCGCUACAUGCGCCAGCCCAUCAAGCAGGAGCUCAUCUGCAAGUGGAUCGAGCCCGAGCAGCUGGCCAACCCCAAGAAGUCCUGCAACAAAACUUUCAGCACCAUGCACGAGCUGGUGACUCACGUCACCGUGGAGCACGUCGGCGGGCCCGAGCAGUCCAACCACAUCUGCUUCUGGGAAGAGUGUCCCCGGGAAGGGAAGCCUUUCAAGGCCAAAUACAAACUGGUCAACCACAUCCGAGUCCACACGGGCGAGAAACCCUUUCCGUGCCCUUUCCCGGGAUGCGGGAAAGUCUUUGCUCGCUCCGAAAACCUCAAAAUCCACAAACGGACGCACACAGGUGAAAAACCCUUUAAGUGUGAAUUCGACGGCUGUGACAGGCGCUUCGCCAACAGCAGUGAUCGCAAAAAGCAUAUGCACGUCCACACGUCAGACAAACCUUAUCUCUGCAAAAUGUGCGAUAAAUCCUACACGCAUCCGAGUUCCCUCCGAAAACACAUGAAGGUCCAUGAAUCGUCCUCCCAGGGGUCCCAGCCUUCUCCCGCGGCCAGUUCGGGCUAUGAAUCUUCAACCCCCCCAACCAUCGUUUCUCCAUCGACAGAAAACCAGACCACAAGCUCCUUAUCUCCCUCGUCUUCAGCAGUCCAUCACACGUCCAGCCACAGCACGCUCACGUCAAAUUUUAACGAAUGGUACGUUUAAACAAACAAAAACAAACGCAAAUCCAACCUAUUUAAAAGACUCCAAAAAUUAAUGAACACUCUGAGAUCGAUUUUUUUUUUUUUUGGUGUGUGUUUUGUUUUGUUUUGUUUUUCAAUGCUGCCGAUAGACCUAGGACCGAAUCCAAUCAAGAAUUCUGGUGGGGAGGUGGGUUUCCUCUCUCUCUCUCUCUCCCCUCCCCUUUUGGUUGCUGUUGUUUUAUUUUUGGUUUGUCGUAUCUGGGGCAAUGGCUUGGAAAGCGAAAGGGUUGUUGGUUUGUUUGUUUUUUAAUGGCGUGCGGGAGAGGAGCAGGGUUUCCCGGCUCUUUUGCCAGCGUGUGGGGCUUUUGGCUGGAACCACUGACUGGACUUCUCCAACUGCAGGUCUCUUGGCGGCAGCGGCCUUGUCGUUUUCUGUAAAUACAGAAACCUUAGCUUACAAUGUACUGUUUGAUUUUGUAAAUAGUUCUACCACAAGUUGAAUAAGGGGAAUACGUGGAAUUGUGGUCUUUGCAUAUAUGUGGGGGGAGGGGAAUAGGGGAGGGGGAGGGGAAUAGGGGAGGAGGUCGCAGUGGGGAAAGGAGGGCGGAGGUAGCAAAACAACUAUUUGUACUGAAUGGCAAGGAUGUUCUAGUAAAUGUGUACCAAAAUGUGAAUUACUUUGUAUUAUUACAGUCUGAACGUCGAUCUAACAGAAUAUUAUUGGUAUUAAUGUGCUUUUUCUUUUGUAUAAAGUGCAAACAUUUCGUCCCAAAGUCCAGUCUAAGUAGUGCAGUAAAAUGUUGUUUACACGUCCUGUCAAGAAAUUCGUAUAGUGCAAGCCUGGAUCUGCGUGUCAAAACUGUUACAUUUGUUUAUGUAAAGUGAUAUUAAAAACAAAAAAAGAAAAAGAAGAAGCUAUAAACUAUAACCUGUCCGUUGCUUUUGGCAAAUACAACCACAUACUGUAUAUACUUCCUAAUUUCCAUAUUUAUCCGCAUGUAAAGGUCCGGUUAUACAUGUUACAGAUAUUCAAUAUUUAUGGCUAGAAGAAUUGAUAUGUACAAUUUAGUUUACAGAACUGUUUGGUAACAUUUCGUACCUUAUUAAAGAUUCUGAAAUCCCAUAA